AUGUCAGGCGGUCCGCACCACCCCUUUCAUUCUCAGACCAGCAGCGGCAAUCAGUACGACAAUACAUAUCCUAACCCAUCCUCCUACCCAAACCUAGACGCAUCCUUCUUUCACCAGUCUGGCCAAUUCCCGCAGCAUCCUCAGCAGGGCAGCGAACCUAACCAACCCUCGCAGUUCGGUCACUUCGACUCCUACUCUACACAGCCCCCCUUUCAGCACGGCAACGGUGCUCAGUCGGGCUUUCAGGGAGGUCACAACCAGCCCACCCAUUACAAUCAGUCCAAUCAGAGUCCAUCGACUCAGUACGGCUAUCCAUCAGCUGCUCACGCUGGCUUCGGCGCUCCCAUCAUCAACUACGGCGCUGGUCACAACGGCAACUUCGGCAGCCAUCCACCCAGCUUCCAAGGCAACCCCGCCUUUGCUCAGCAACCCCAGCAGAAUCUGUGGACACCGCAGCAGGGACUCACGCCCUCCUCCUUCCACAGUCCGUAUUCGGCACACGCGCAGUCGCUCUCGCCUCAGCCCUUCACACAGCCUUACGACGGCAAUCCGCACCAUCAGGACGCUUCUGCCUUUGCAGCUCAGCCCGGACCUGUAGCUCACCUCCAGUCGCACCACCAGCCGGCCGACUUUGCAUCCGUUUCGACCCCCUCGCUUCCGCCACCCGACUCGACAGAUUCCUCGCCUCAAAAGGCAGGCCGCCGCAUCGUACUCAAGCGUACUCUCAAGGCGCAAGAAACCAGCUCCGGUGGUCUCCAAGCGCAAGCCCAGCUUCAGAUCGAACCCUCGACCGACAACAAGAUGGCUGUCGGACGACCUACCAGAAACGCUGCCACCGCAGCCACGGCAAGCAUCCACAACUCGUUCUCCGACAGCAGCAUGAACCGUGCUUCCCGCGCUCCUCGCCAGAUCAAGCAGCAACCAGGCAGUGAGGAGGACUACGAAGAAGUAAGUCUGGCGCCACAGGUAGAGCCAAUUGAAGACGACAGUCACGACCUGAAUGAUGAUGAAGCAGAAGAGCAGGAGGAAGAAGGUGACGAGUACUCUGAGCAGGAAGGUCAGCAACUGGAACCAGCACCGUCAUUGGAUCGGCGACAACUACGUUCGACGUCUCAACCAGCAGCACGAAGCCAAAAAGCAAAGAAGUCAAUAGUGCUGGUGAAGAAGCCCUUGGACAGAAACCAGAGCGCACCGCCUCGUAACUACGGUCGGAAUGGAGCUAGCGGGAGCGCCAAUCGGGCUCGCUCCGCGACCCCUAAGCCAAGGAACACAGCGUCGAAAGUGCCGACAGAGCCCAUCAGACGGAGUACCAGGCUAUCGCGCGAUUCGCAACCGCCGCCAUCCAGUCAGGAGUCCACAGCCACGUCACCACCCGCGACACCGCCGCUACCACCACGGUCAAAGGCAAGGACAUUCGCCAUGUUGAAUCUGGAUCGACAACGGCAUUUGGACGCUGAAGAGCAGGACGACGAGGAUGAGGACGCCGACGGCGACGCUGACGAGGAUGCUGAAGGCGAACCAAUUGCCCGCGUCAAGCCAGAGCCAGAGCCCGAGUAUAACGAACCAGAGCCUGUUCUCUCUACAAGCCGCAGCGGUCGUGUCCGUCGUCAAAAGGUGCAGAACAUGGCCGAAUCCGAAGACUCAGAAGAGCCUGACGACGAGGACGAGGACGAAGUCGGGCCACGACGCUCGUCUCGACGUCUCAAGGGCAACGCCCUCGGUGGCUUUGUUGCUGCAGACGACGAAGAAGAGGAGGACGACGAGGGCGAAUAUGGCACUCCGAAACGUAGCACGCGAACCUCGGGUCGAUUGCGUCGUGGUCCUAGCGCCCCAAGCAACCGCCUCGCAGAGAUGGCUGCUAAAAAGCGCGCCGCCAAUGGUCGAGGCAAGCCUCAGAAACGCAAAAUCGUCGACGACGAAUUCGAGGUGGAAGGCGACGAGACACCAGAAGAGGAGCACAUCUCGGGCGCCGAAGACGACCCGCUUGAUCUCCACAGCGACGAGCCUGAAGGCAGCCAGGGCAAGUCGUACUCUCUGCGUCAACGCAAGAAGGUCAACUACUCGCUCGUGCCGCCACCGCCCUCCCCGCCAAGAGACGGUUUCGGUCGCACUAUCCGCAACAAUCGUGGUCGUGGCGGCAAUGGAGCAUACGAUCUCGACCCUGCUGAAGGUGCUCCUCCUGCGGGCGGUUCGGGUAUCGGUCUCCCUAUGCCAUUCCCGGGCCGCGGCAAGAAGGGCAAGGAGGGAUGGGAUGCUCUGCCGUCUUCCAUGUCUGGCAAAGACUAUGCGCGUAUCUUUGGCGAUCCCGUCGACAGCUCCGACGACGAGUUGCAGAACAACGCGCUGCGCAAGCCGGGCGCACCAGCUGCACUUGGUGGCGGUCCUGCAGGUGGCUUGCUCGGUGCCGGUGGUGCCGGGGGCGCAGGCGGCCCUCCAGGUGGCUUGACCGGCUCCGGCGGCACCGACAGCUUUGGUCGAAUCAAGAAGAGCGGCGAUCCGCUUGCAGACGUCGACCCGCUCGGCGUUGACAUGAACAUCGACUUCGACAGUGUCGGUGGUCUCGACGGUCACAUCCAGCAGCUCAAGGAGAUGGUCAUGCUGCCUUUGCUCUAUCCAGAGGUCUUCCAGCGCUUCAAGGUGACGCCGCCGCGUGGUGUGCUCUUCCAUGGACCACCAGGUACCGGUAAGACGCUCGUCGCGCGUGCACUCGCUGCCAGCUGCAGCACAGAAGGGCAGCAGGUCAGCUUCUUCAUGCGCAAAGGUGCGGACUGUCUCUCCAAGUGGGUCGGUGAGGCCGAGAGACAGCUGCGUCUGCUGUUCGAGGAAGCGAGGGCCUCGCAACCGAGUAUCAUCUUCUUCGACGAGAUUGACGGUCUGGCGCCCGUCCGUUCGAGCAAGCAAGAUCAGAUCCACGCCAGUAUUGUCAGCACCAUGCUGGCGCUCAUGGACGGCAUGGAUGGUCGAGGUCAAGUCGUCGUCAUCGGAGCUACCAACCGACCUGACAGUGUCGACCCUGCUCUUCGUCGACCCGGUCGAUUCGAUCGAGAGUUCUACUUCCCGCUUCCAUCGCUCGAGGCACGCAAGAGCAUCAUCAACAUCCAUACACGAAAAUGGGAGCCUCCUCUUGAUGACGACUUCAAGGCAAGGCUGGCCGACGUCACCAAAGGAUACGGUGGUGCGGACUUGCGUGCGCUUUGCACCGAGGCUGCGCUCAACGCUAUUCAGAGACGCUACCCGCAGAUCUAUUCGACUACGGACCGAUUGCUUCUGGACCCCGCUUCAAUCCAGGUCGACGCCAAGGACUUUAUGAUGUCGGUCAACAAGAUUGUCCCAUCGUCUGCUAGGGCGAGUGCGUCGGCUGCCGCGCCUCUGCCCGAGCGAUUGGCGCCAUUGCUAGGAUCCGCGGUCAAGCACGCCAUCAGUGUGCUGGACAGGAUUCUGCCGCCCGUCUCGAAGCGAAACCCACUCGAAGAGGCGCUAUGGGAGGACGAUGCUUUCGCUCCCCAGGGCUUGAUUUCUGGCCUCUCGGCAGCCGACAAGCUCGGCGGAGAUCGAGGAUUUGGUCGCGAGAUGCUGCUGCAGUCGUUCGAGGCACAGCGUGUCUACCGUCCCCGCAUGCUUGUGCACGGAGACGCCGGCAUGGGCCAAGGUGCUGUCGGUGCUGCGCUGCUGCAGCACCUCGAGGGCUACCACGUCCAGUCGCUCGACAUCGGCACCUUGCUUGGCGAUAGUGCGCGCACGCCGGAGGCUGCAAUCAUCCAGCUCUUUGUCGAGGCGAAACGACACAAGCCCAGUGUGCUCUACAUUCCUGGCAUCGUCCACUGGUCCCGCUCCGUCUCGGACAGCGUCAAGACCACCUUCAAGGCGCUCCUCGACGGUCUCACGGAUGCGGAUCCAGUCAUGCUGCUCGGCAUCGCCGAGGCACCUCUGGACGAGCUCGACGAUGAAGUGCACUCUUGGUUCAACUUCCUAGACGACGAUAUUGUGGAGAUCGCCCGACCGGACGAAGCGAGCCGACUCGCGUAUUUCCAAGAGAUCUUUGACCACGUCAUUCGACCCCCCACCGAGUUCCCCGACGCUCUGCCACGACGCAAGCGAGUUCUCGAAGAGCUGCCCAAAGCACCUCCUCGCCCGCCACGCAAGCUGACCCAGGCCGAGCUGCAGCAGCAGGCGGACAACGACGCCAAGCUGCUUGAGCAUCUCAAGUUCCGCCUCGGUCCCGUGCUCGCAGAGCUCAGGAAGAAGUUCAAGAAGUUCACUCGUGACGUCUGGGACGAGUAUAAUCUUCGAGAGCUGACGCACACGUUUGAUUGGAGGAAGGAGAAGGGCAAGAUCACGGUCGAUUUGCGAUACUACAAGCCAGGCGCGAUGGCGGCUCGUCAGGCAGCGGAGGCGGCGAGGGAGGAGGCCGACAUGAACCGCAUGCUCGAGACCGAGGCGGACAUCGCCGCCAAACGCGGGAUCACGGCGGCUCAGUUCAUGGGUCCGCCUGAGGGGACGAUCAGCGAGGUCGAGACGGAGCAGAAUGGCGAGGAGGCCAAUGCUGCGGCAGGUGCCACGAAUGGCAUCAACGGUGACGUGGAGAUGACCAACGGCGAUGCAGCUGCUAAUGGCGCCGUCCUUGGCAGUACUGCCAAUGGCAUCGACGCACGUGUUGAUGUCGAAGGCUUUGCUGCUGGCCCGCCACCGUCUUCCCAGGUCAACGGUACUUCAAGCACCGAGGCACCUCCCACCAAGACCUUCAACGUUGCCAUGCCCGAGCCAGCUGCUGAACCCUCCACCGCUCCUGCUCUGGCUGACACUUCCAUCACCUCGGCCCCCGAUGCCGACACCGUCAACGCGCCCAACGGCGCCACGACGACCGACGACCUCGACUACUGGAUCCGUUCGAUGCCCAUCUGGACGACCAACCUGGAAAAGAUGCAGAAACGCCUCUACUACAACGGCUACCUUUCCUGCUCCUCAUUCAUGGGCGACAUCCAGAAAAUCGUCGAGAACGCCGAAGAAGCCGCCGAGGUGGACCAAGAUCGCGUGUUCAGGGCGCAUCAGAUGCGCAAUCUGGCGAUCGUGCUGAUGGACCAGUACAUCGAUGCUGGGUUCCGGGAGGAGUGCGAUCGGAUGGCGUUGCGCCAGCUGGCGAGGGAGGAGGAGGCCAAGGAGGCGACGGAGAAGGCUAAGGCGAGUGCGGAGGAGGCUGCUGUGCGCAAGGCGGAGGGGGCGAAGGGGGAGAGGGCGAGUGCGCGGAUUGCGGGCAAGGAGCCGGAGAGUGGUGGCUUGGAAGGUGGCAAGCGGGCGAGAAGCGUCAGUGGGCAGCAACAGGAGGGCGAAGUCGCGAUGGUGGAGGAUGAGGAGGCUCGCAAGAGGGCGCGUCUCGACUCGCCUUCCACCGAGGCUGCCACCGUUAACGCCACUGCAGCCCCCGUUCCUGAAAGUGUCCCUGCCGCUCUCGCCCACGCCGCCAUCCCCGAGCCCGAACCUCAGCCGGAGCAACCAGCCGCUCAUCCACCCCUCACAUACAACCCGUCCUCGUACGAAUCCCUCAAAGCCUUCCUCAUCGCCUCGACCUCGCGCUACAACAUCGAUCAGCUCUCGCGCCUCCGCGCCGCAUGCUUCAACGCCAUCUGGACGCACCGCAGCGAGUGGAAUCGCGAUCCGCUGGUGGAGAAGCUGCUGCUCAUCACGAGGAAGAGCGAGGACGCGGUGUUGCGGGAGUUUAAGAAGGCGUUCAAUGCUCGGACGAUUGGCAUGUGA